AUGGCUGAACAAUUCGAAUACCUUCUUAAGAAGACUCUCGAGCAGGGCGCCGGUCUCUCGACGAAUUUCACAAAGACAACCCAUCGAACCUCGUAUCCUUCAAUCGAUCCCACGCGUCCUGAGCUCAGCCAGGCUGGCCGUACUGUCCUCAUCACAGGAGGUGGUACUGGAAUCGGUCUUUCAAUUGGGAAGUCUUUCGCUCUGGCAGGUGCCGAGACUGUCAUCAUUGUUGGUCGGAGAGCCAACGUUCUCGCCGAUGCGGCUAAGGCGAUCGAGGAGGUAGCGAAGAAGGCUGGAAAGGCAACCCAAGUUCUUCACCAGACUCUUGACGUCACGGAUAAGGCUGGGAUCGCGGCAUUGUGGUCGGGCUUCAAGGACAAGGGCAUUGAAGUUGACGUCCUAGUUCUCAAUGCGGCCAAAUUCUCACCCGUGACACCACUUUUCGAUCUAGGGUCCGACGAAGUCUGGUCCAUGUUCGAAGCCAACGUUCGCGGGCCGCUGAUGUUGUCCGAGGCCUUCGUAAAGCAGGGCGGUGACAAGCCAAAGGUCCUCAUCAACGUCGCCACACAAGCUAUACACAUGAUGGACGAAUCCGUGCUUAUCAUUUCAUCAAAGGUUCCAGCCUAUGGCCUGACCAAGAACGCCGGCACGCUCCUGAUCCAGCAGAUUGCUGCUCAGGCCGAUCCUGAGAAGCUGCAGGUCGUUAGCUACCAUCCUGGUGUUAUCUACGCAGGCGGAUGGGAAGACGCUGGGAUUUCAGACACUGUUUUGCCCUUCGAUGAUGUCUCGCUCGCCGGCUCCGAGGCUGUGUGGCUCGCCUCUCCUGAGGCUCGAUUCCUGCAUGGGCGUUUCGUCUGGGCUUCAUGGGACGUUGACGAGUUGAAAUCCGAUGAGAUCAGAAAGACAAUUGCUGAAGAUGUUGAAUUCCUCAAGAUUGGCGUGAACGGGCUGAAGGGUGCGGAUCGACGAGAGUGA